AUACUAUUUGGUAUCUCGUCAUUAUAUCCAAAUCUCUGCCCAGACAGAAUCAUUGGCAGGUCGGGCUCGAAACAUAAUACACUUCCGGUUGCAUAAAAGAAUUGCAGCUACUGACACAGCUGGAGUGGGGGAGGCCUUCCACUAGUGAAAGCGAGCUACUGGGGGGAAUGGGCGACGUUUGAUCGGGAAAAGGUUGUCUACAAACUGGUAAGCCAUAUCCAAGAGAUGGAUAACGGCAGCGCCUACAUAGAGUUUGACGUGCCAGAGUUCAGCAACACCGUCCUCAACCAGCUCAACGACUUGCGUCUGCAGGGGAAGCUAUGUGACAUUAUCGUUCACAUCCAGGGCCAGCCGUUCCGGGCCCACAAGGCCGUGCUGGCGGCCAGCUCGCCGUACUUCCGCGACCACUCAGCCCUGGGAACCAUGAGCGGCCUGUCCAUCUCCGUCAUCAAGAACCCUGAGGUGUUUGAGCAGCUGCUGGCCUUCUGCUACACUGGCCGCAUGUCCCUGCAGCUCAAAGAUGUCAUCAGCUUCCUCACAGCAGCCAGCUUCCUGCAGAUGCAGGCCGUCAUCGACAAGUGCACCCAGAUCCUGGAGGGAAUCCACUCCAAGAUCAGCAGCGCCACCAGCCCAGUCGAGGGCUCCCAGGCCAGCCGCAACGGUGUUAAAGACAGCAGCCUCUUCAUCAACCCCACACAGAUCUCUCCCCCGUACUACUCCAGACUCAGCAUAGAGGCCCGCUCUGAGCUAGCAGCAGGGAAAGGCCAUGGCAGGGCGCGGCACCAGGAGGAGGGCCAGUCAGACCGCCGCAGCAGUGACGGUGUGUCAGAGCAGGAGGCAGCCACGGAGGGAGAGACUGAGCAGGUGGAGCUGAUUGGGAAGGACGGCCAGGUGACAGACGUGCAUGUGAAGCUGGAAAAGACGGACCGGCCCAGCUACUCCGACAGCUCCUCGGCAGGCGACGAUGGCUACCACACAGAGCUGGUGGAUGGAGAGCAGGUGCUGGCUGUCAGUGUGGGCUCCUAUGGUCCUGUCAUCCAGGCAGCUGGCUACACUUACUCAGGCCUGUCAUCUCCCUGCUUCGUGAGCCUCAGCAGCUCCAGCCCCUCCCGCUCCAUGCUCAGUGGCUUCAGGGGCGGCCGGGCCAGAGCCAAGCGCCCCCCUGUAGCCGUCCCAGCAGAGGUCCUGAGUCAGAUCAAACCAGGAAACGCAGAGGACAGCAGCGAAGCAGUGUUGGGUCAAGCAGGCUUUGAGAAUGACGUCCAGGAACGGAGCCUGCGCAGCCAGUGGUAUCCCUACAAUGAGAGGCUCCUCUGCAUCUACUGCGGCAAGUCCUUCAAUCAGAAGGGCAGCCUGGACCGCCACAUGCGCCUGCACAUGGGAAUCACACCCUUCGUCUGCAAGUUCUGCGGCAAGAAGUACACUCGCAAGGACCAGCUGGAGUACCACAUCCGCGGCCACACGGACAACAAGCCCUUCCACUGUCAGAUCUGUGGCAAGUGCUUCCCUUUCCAGGGAACCCUCAACCAGCACUUGAGGAAGAAGCACUUGGGGGCCACAGAGGGCACCAAUCACAUGGACUCUCCAGAGAGGACGGAGGGGAGCUCUGGUCAGAAAGACCCAGAGGAUGCCUCUGAGGGGAUGGCCUUUGAGACGCAGUAUGCUGAGGAGGCUCCGGCCACCGACAUGGAGGAGAGCUCAAAGUGUAGCCCCGAGGAAGCCCAGGUGUCCAGCUUGUCUGCCAAUACCACAACCCCAGCCCCACCACGGUACACUCUGUUCACAACGUUGAUAUCAGCAAACCGCUGGCCCACACGACACCAUGCACGCGUUCUGCAAUCUGCGCGGUACAGUUGAAACCGGGAUUCAUCCGCGAAGAGCACACUACUCCAGUGUGCCAAUGGUCAUCGAAGGUAAGCAUUUGCCCACUGAAGUCGGUUACGAUGCUGAACUGCAGUCAGGUCAAGACCCUGGUGAGGACCACGAGCACGCACAUGAGCUUCCCUGAGGCAGUUUCUGCAGAAAUGUUUCGCAAACCCACAGUUUCAUCAGCUAUCCUGGUGGCUGGUCUCAGACGAUCCCGCAGGUGACGAUGCCGGCUGUAGAUGUCCUGGGAUGGCGUGGUUACACGUGGUCUGCGGUUGUGAGGCCGGUUGAAUAUACUGCCAAAUUCUCUUAAAGGACGGAGGCGGCUUAUGAUAGAGAAUUAACAUUGAAUUCUCUGACAACAGCUCUAGUGGACAUUCCUGCAGUCAGUAUGCCAGUUGCACGGUCCAUCAACUUGAGACGUGGCAUUGUGUUGUGACGCAGCUGUACAUUUUAGUGGCUUUUUUAUUGUUCACAGCACAAGGUGCACCUGUGUAAUGAUCAUGCUUUUUGAUAUGCCACACCUGUCAGGUGGAUGGAUUAUCUUGGCAAAAGGAGAAAUGCUCACCAACAGGGAUGUAAACACAUUUGUGCACAUUUUGUUUUUUGAAAAAAGCUUGUUGUGCUUAUGGGAAAUUUCUGGGGUCUUUUAUUUCAGCUCAUGGAACAUGGGACCAACACUUUACAUGUUGCAUUCAUAUUUUUGUUCAUUGUACUUUACCAUGUAAAAAUAUGGUCCUUAAUAGGUUAUUGUGCCAGGAGUCAAAUCAAAGGUUUCCCUGUGGAUAAUUCUCCAAAGACGUGGAGAUGGGCCAACAAUACAUUGGGCCAACAAGAGGCAUGAUGAGUUUUCUAGAUAAUACUUUUUUUCCCCAGUUCCUUGCUAUUUCCAACUGAUGGUCUUGUUACAACACACUGCAGUUGAAUCCCACAUAGGAUGUUGCCAGAUAUGAUAGUCAUAUCAUGAAAGAAAUGUAUGAAGCCAUAAGUACUAAAAUUGAGAUUGUUUCAUUGUCAUUUUAAGAUGCCAACCAUACAAAUCCUAGAAAUAUUUUAAAGAAAAAUAAGCUUUUGAAUCUUGAUCUGUGCCUUGCCAUACAAACUAUCACUAGCUGUAUAUCCCUGUGGAUAUAAAGCAUCUGACACUUACAGUAGACAUUUGUUUUGUGCCUGCCUUCAAUGGAAAGAAUAAAAGGAUCGAGGACAAAGUAUAUCUAUUGAUAAAGUACUGUUGAUUUUCUUCACUUUUAAUUUGGAUUUUUUUUAAAAUUGUAAUCGUUUAUGCAAAAAUGAAAUGUCUACAAGGGAAUAGGCACGGAUAAUCAUGUCUGAGAUACAUGCCCAUGUUGCUCUCUUAAGUUAGCAGGGUAAUGGGCACCUCGUUUUUAGUCAGCCAUACCAUUUCCUUGUCAUCAGACCCUUUUUGAUACUUGUAUCCAUUUGAUAAUGUGAUGGAUUGUGUUUUGUUAUAUCGUGACUUGCAUGGCAUCUAAUCACAGUCAUGAGCUGUUCUGUUCCUCUCUCCAGAGGCUGUUUUGUAUGUAUACUGUAUCCUUUCUGUUAGCACUGAGGACUAUCUAAGAUCUCCUUCAGUCUCAGAGAGAGGAGAGUACAGCUAGACUCUUCCCUCUCAAGAUUAAUUUUGUUACAUCUGGCCAGGGGGACAGCAGGUAAAAACAAAGUGCAAAUGUGCUCAGUUAUAGCUGUUUUGCACAUCACUCACAUCACCCACACAAUUGUUUAGAAAUGCUGAUUGCAGUUUUUGGAACUUAACGUUAGUUCUUGUUUUUGUCUCAUCUGGCAUAUACUUAGAAAUAGCAUAACCUGUCUUUUGAUACAUUCAUAUUCCAGAGGGAUAUAUCAUUCUAGUCUCCCCUUUUUAAGGGAUUACUUUAUCUUUAGGGACUAUUUUUCCCCUUAAAUGGUGCUUUUAGUCUGGUCAGGUUAUUUAUUGAUUUUUAUAUACAAAAGACUAUAUACAUGCAUAUAUAUAUAUAUACAUUAUAGGGGGAUGGAGGGGUAAUUUUGUUUAAAUGCUUUCAUAAACUUAAGUUACUAAUACCACAACACUCACCAACCAACUGAACCUGACACUUGUUUGCAUUCACUCUGUUUGUUCAAAACUAUUCAUAUUAAAGGCGGGGGAGCGAUAUUUGUGGGCCAGAAGUAAUCAAAACGAAGUGUUUACAGGGAAGGCUGUUGGACUACUUUUUGAAUUUGCAGCUCGUUCGAUUACUUUUUUUAAACUGAUUAACUUCAGGUAGUUUAUGAACACUGAUAUAGAUUUCCAUAGCUUCUCAGCCUUUCUCCACUGUGUAAUAUACAAAAGCAAUAACCUUUUUUUAAGGGGAUAUAUUGGUAUCAAUGAGACUAAUCUAGUUCUUGGCCUGUCACUUCUCAAACAAAAGCUGAAUGUCAGGGAGCUGUAGAACUAAAGUAGGUCGAGGACAAUUUGAUAUAGAUUUAUUUUUAUAUAUUUUGUGAAUCUUUGGACCGGGUAGGUGAAAAUGCUCAUUAGGUGAGACUGGUAUUGCUGGUCUUUUUAAGUAGGCAUCCAAAGCCGAAAACUAUCAGUGAACUGAAAUGCAAAGCUAAACAUGUGAUUCCGUCAAACCCCAAUGCCACUGGUUUUAAAGUUGCACCUCCAUCUGUGUCAAAUACUGAAAGGGAUUUUGGGCUCCACAGCCACAUAGUGGGAGUGGCAAUCUGUUUCAUUCUAAAAAAAAUUCAAGGUCUUCCCUUUCCCCUCGAGUACUGAGACUAUAGUUUUAGCGGGUCAGAGUGGAAGUGGUCAGUGCUGCUUUAACUAAAUGUUUAGACUGACCUGUUUCAUUCUCUUUGAUGUGAAACUCCUUGGUCUCUCACAUUCUGUGGUAUCUGGUUAAGUAUGUGGUCAUAUGGCAAAAAACUAAGUAGAACUCAGGGUUUAUACUAGUGUUAUAAAGUGGUCACGCUGGGCAUACAGCUCGUGUGUAGAAUUCAACGUGCACUUAUAUUCAGGUGGGGAAACAAAUCCUCAGUCAGUGGUUCCCAAACAUUCUGCCUCAAGGGUCUCACUGAACCCAUGUUUUCCAUUCCCACUCUGCAUGCAUGUGACGAGCUUCAAUGCUGAGGAACAGGGGAGACCUUUUAGUUUGGCCCAUUGUCCGUCCACCUGCCUCUAGUCCGUUCUACAUACAACCACACAACCCAACUGUGAACCUCAACUCUACUGUUUUGUACAAUGAUGAAGUAAAUGAAGCUAGCUAGAGCUGAUGCUUUAACUGUUAACUUGCCAUUUCUGAAUUUAUUUUAUAGCAUGAAAAAUAUAUUUAUUCAAAUUAUAUUUUACUCAUCAUUCUGUGCUGCUUUAUUUUGGUUCAUAAGCUUGUAAAUUGCUUUUUUAUGAUACUAUGAAAUGUCAAAAGAAAAUGUGUUUUUAUUUGUAAAAUAAAGAUGCUCAUUUGGCA